AUGACCAGGUGGAGCACUUAUAUCAACAACUUCAUGGUUGGUGGGACCUGUCAGGACAUAGCCAUUGUGAGCUGUAAGGACUUGCCCUCCAUUUGGGCAGCAGUCUCCAGAAAAACCUUUGCCAACAUCAUGCCAGCAAAGGUUGGUGUCCUGGUUGGCAAAGGCCAAUCAAGUAUUUUUGUGAAUGGGAUGGAACGUGGAGGCCAGAAAUGUUCUCUUACCUGGGACUCACUGUUUCAGGAAUCGGAAUUUACCAUGGAUGUUCAUACCAAGAGCACUGGGGGAUCUUCCACUUUCAAAGUCACUGUCACCACGACUGACAAGACAUUAGUCCUUCUGAUGGGCAAAGAAGGUGUACACAGUGGUACGAUCAAGAAAUGUUAUGCAAGGAGUUAA